AUGUUACCUACAUCCCCUGCAGCAAACGAAAACAUAAGCUCAGGUAUAAGCUUUAAUGUCGAUCAAAAAAUGAAGAGCACUAAACACGUCAAAGGUUUUUCAAAUGCUUUGAUAUCUGAAGUGAAAAUAAAAGUGUCAGUUCGAGAAAAAAUUGUAUUACACUUGGCACGAAAUCAAAGCUCUAUAAAUCAAAUGCAAUAA